AUGUCGACUAUAGAGGAUGACCCGAAGGUGUUCCAGGGCACGCCACAGGAAGAUGCCCGUCUUGAGAACUUGGGAUAUGAGCAAGAGCUCAAGAGAUCGUUUGGUCUCGUGAGUAUGAUUGGAUUUAGUUUCAGUGUGGUGACAUCAUGGACCGCACUGAGUGGUGUACUUAUCGUCGGCGUGACCUCCGGUGGCCCUCCUGUUAUGAUCUUCAGUUUCAUCGGCGUUAGUCUUCUAACGCUGGCCGUUGCUAUUCCAAUGGCAGAGAUGUGCUCGAUGUAUCCUGUGGCCGGGGGUCAAUACUCCUGGGUUGCGGCGCUGGCCCCUCCCAGUAUAGCUCGGGGUCUAUCCUACGUGACUGGAUGGUUCAUGCUGAUUGGUCUACUGGCCAUGGGAGCCACCAAUAACUCGAUUGCCUCAAAUUUCGUACUCGGAAUGGCCAACCUCGUAUUCCCCGAAUACGAGAUCCAAAGAUGGCAAACCGUUCUAGUCGCCUACCUCGUCGCACUCCUCUCGGCAGCCGUCAAUCUCUGGGGCUCACAUUUACUGCACCGAAUCUCGAAAGCCAUUUUGAUCUGGAACGUCGCAUCCUUCGUUAUAGUUACAGCCACAAUCCUCGCCACAAACGACCACAAGCAGCCGGCAUCCUUUGUAUUCCAAGACUUCCAGAAUGGAACUGGCUUUGGAACCGGCAUGGCUGCCAUCAUCGGUGUCUUACAGGCCUGCUUCGGCAUGUGCUGCUAUGACGCGCCGUCACACAUGACCGAGGAAAUGAAAUCGGCGUCCAAAGAGGCCCCCAAAGCUAUUGUUCUGGCUGUGGUACUGGGUGCUGUUACCGGAUUCAUUUUCCUAGUCUCGCUUUGCUUCUGCAUUGGCGAUAUCGAGUCCACAGCCGGCACGAGCACCGGCGUCCCUGUUAUCCAGAUCAUCUAUGACUCAACAGGCAACAAAGCCGCUACAGUCAUCUUGUCAACUUUGAUCUCGGUCAUUGUCAUUGUGGCUGGAAACAACAUUCUCGCGGAGGGAUCGCGUGCUGCGUAUGCUUUUGCCAGAGAUAACGGUCUUCCUUUCUCCAAGUUCUUCAGCAAGGUCGAAAACAAGACUCACGUUCCUGUCAAUGCCGUCCUCCUCACUCUUGCAGUGCAGCUUGCGCUCGGUGCUAUCGAGUUUGGCACAACCACCGGGUUCCAAACCGUCAUUGCUAUCUCAACAGAAGGUUUCUAUUUAUCAUACGCAAUGGCUCUCAUCAGUCGUCUGGCCGGAUACUUCUCAGGCCAUGUGACCAAACUCGACGGCCCAUACUCGUUUUCCGUGCCGGUCUCCAUCGCUCUCAAUAUCAUUGGACUAGUGUUCCUUCUGUUUGCCGCGAUUACGUUCAACUUCCCAGGCACGAAUCCGGUUGAUCCGCAAUCUAUGAAUUAUACCAGUGCUGCUGUUGGCGUUAUUGGCGUCAUCAGUCUUAUCACCUGGCUGACUACAGGCCGGAAACAAUUUUCUGGUCCUGGUAGUGUGCGGUUCAUUAGUGGUGAGAAUUCUGCGCAGGAGGUCGCUGGUGCAGAUGCUUCUGCGAGUGAGAAGAAAAGUUGA